AUGGCGGCCGCACUUGAAACGGCAGCGGCCGCCGAUCCCGCGGAGCCCGUUACUGAGGCGGCGGGGACCGAAGCCGCCCCGGGAGCGGCGCGGAGCCUGCGGACGGCUCACGACCUCGGCGGUCCGCGGACCCGCACGGGCGACGUGCUGCUGGCGGAGCCGGCCGACUUCGGGUCGCUGCUGCUGUCGCGGCCGGUGCUGGACGGGCUGCGGGAGGCGGGCUUCGAGAGGCCCUCCCCGGUGCAGCUCAAGGCCAUCCCGCUGGGCCGCUGCGGGCUCGAUUUAAUCGUUCAAGCCAAGUCCGGGACCGGGAAAACCUGUGUAUUCUCCACCAUUGCUUUGGACACCCUAAUUCUGGAAAACUUAAGUACUCAGAUUUUGAUCCUGGCUCCUACGAGAGAAAUUGCUGUACAGAUACAUUCUGUUAUCACAAGUAUUGGAAUCAAAAUGGAGGGCUUAGAGUGUCAUGUCUUUAUUGGAGGGACUCCAUUAUCACAAGACAAAACCAAACUUAAAAAGUGCCAUAUUGCUGUUGGAUCUCCUGGCAGAAUUAAACAACUGAUAGAACUUGACUACUUGAACCCACGCAGUAUCCGUCUCUUUAUUCUUGAUGAAGCAGAUAAGCUUUUAGAAGAAGGCAGUUUCCAGGAGCAAAUAAAUUGGAUUUACUCUUCUUUGCCUGCCAGUAAACAGAUGUUGGCAGUAUCAGCUACUUACCCUGAAAUUUUGGCAAAUGCAUUGACAAAAUACAUGCGAGAGCCCACUUUUGUGAGACUAAAUUCCAGUGAUCCGAGUCUCAUAGGUUUAAAGCAAUAUUACAAAGUUGUCAGUUCCUACCCUUUGGCACAUAAGAUUUUUGAGGAAAAGAGUCAGCAUUUACUAGAACUGUUCAGCAGAAUUCCAUUCAAUCAAGCUUUAGUCUUUUCCAAUUUGCACAGCAGAGCACAGCAUUUGGCUGAUGUCCUUUCUUCCAAAGGUUUUCCUGCCGAGUGCAUCUCAGGCAGCAUGAAUCAGAAUCAACGUCUUGAUGCGAUGGCCAAACUAAAGCAGUUUCAUUGCAGAGUCCUUAUUUCCACAGAUUUGACUUCGCGUGGGAUUGAUGCUGAAAAGGUCAAUCUGGUGGUAAACCUGGAUGUACCAGUGGACUGGGAGACAUACAUGCAUCGGAUCGGCAGAGCUGGCCGUUUUGGUACUUUGGGGCUGACAGUGACCUACUGUUGUCGAGGAGAGGAAGAAAAUAUGAUGAUGAAAAUUGCCCAGAAGUGUAAUAUCAAUCUUCUCCCUUUACCAGAUCCCAUUCCUCCUGGUCUGAUGGAAGAAUGUUUGGAUUGUGAUGUGGAGGUUAAAGCUGCCAUCCAUACUCAUGAUUUAACAAGUGUGCCUAUCCAGCCCCUAAAAAAGCAAAUUCAAAAGAUAGAAAAAAAUGAUCAGACUCAGAAAACUCAGGGUAAUCACAUGUCUUCAUCUAGAAAUAGUUCUACAGCUGGACUAUCAAUCAAAUCAAAAAAUAAUGUCAAAAAAAAGCUUCCUGCAAAAAGUAACUCUGAGUGUGGCUUCCCGGAAAAGGCAGUACCACCAAAAGAACUUGGCUGUGCCGUUCAACUGGAAGAGCAAACGAAGACUCUUGUUCAGACCCCUACUGAGAACACGGCUGGUCAGCAGCAGCUCAGAGAGGCUUCCUCCGUGUCACUCCCCAAGAUUCCUUGCCUGUCUUCCUUUAAAAUCCAUAUGCCACGUGCUUUAACGUUUGCAGAGUUGGUAGAGGAUUAUGAACACUAUAUUAAAGAGGGGUUUGAGAAACCUGUGGAAAUCAUUAGACACUACACAGGUCCCGGGGAUCAAGCUGUGAAUCCUCAGAAUGGCUUUGUGAGAGAGAGGAUUACUGAGGAGAGGGUGCAGAUACUGGCAAGUAGUAGCCAGUCUGGAGACUCUGAGAGUGACAGUGAUUCUUCCAGCUCCCGGACUUCUAACCAGAGCAAAGGAAAUAAAUUGUACUUGGAAGGCUCUUCUGAAGUUCAGCCGAAAGAGAUUGAGUCCAUUCCUGUGGAUGGCCGUAUCUCUCUGGAACAACAUAUGGGUGGAAGUGAUACCCCUAAUCUAGUAGAAUAUCAGGAGUCACCUGAAAUCCAAGUGAAGACUAGGCAUAAAGAGGGAGUUAACCCGAGAGGGAAGCAGAGCCGGAGAAACCUUCCUAGGCGGUCUUCCCAUCGACUGCAGACAGAAUCCCAGGAGGAUGGCUGGUACGAUGGCCACAGGGACACAUAUCUGGACUCUACUGACGCUUAUCAGGAUUAUGAGGAGUACUGGAGAGCUUACUACAGAGCAUGGCAGGAAUACUAUGCUGCUGCUUCUCAGUCAUACUAUUGGAAUGCUCAGAGGCAUCCAAGUUGGAUGGCAGCCUAUCACAUGAAUACAGUUUAUCUACAAGAAAUGAUGCGUGGCAACCAGUGAUGACAGAAUAUACCUCAGGCCACCGGGAGAUUUCAUCUAGAGCCUUCCUCUGUUGACCCACAGCAGAGUGGCAUAGAGUCGCGUUUCUGAGCUUAACACAUUGAAACUUUCUGGGACACAUCUAUUUUUCUGUUUUGAUUUAGGUCAAGUAUGUUCUUUUUUUAAAAAAAUUUCAUGGACCAGAUUCUUGAAAGAAUUUUGGAACAUACAGGUUAAAGGAUACAGGGUGCCAUUCCAAAAGGAAACAUUGAAAAAAGACACAAACUACUGCUUACUUAAAAAAUAAAAUAAUUGAAAUUUGAAAAUCAAA